AUGGUUUGGAUUGUUCGAUUGUCGCUUAUUGGAAUUAUCAUGAUCAUACUUCUUUAUGAUUGCAUUCUAAUUAUGUAUCUUGUAAUCGCUGAUUUUGCUAAAAAAAUUCAUAGGGUGCUAUCAUGCAUCUUUUUGGCUACCAGUUAUAUUGCAAACCCUCUAAUUUUGUUAUUUGUAACAAAAGGGUCGCAACCCUCCCACUCAUUUUAUAAGAAAACCUUUAUAAACUUCCCAUUUGCUUGCUUGAUCACAAAUACUUUCUUAGGCCUUCACCCAAAAGUUAUGAAGAAGUUUAUGGAUUGCUUACUCCAACUGCGUGAGCGAACAAAAAAAAUUUGUUCACUCGCGGAUGGGGUUAUUUUUUUGUGAUCUAUAAAAAUUUUUUUCGAAAAUUUAAAAAAAUCCCAAUUCGAAAAAUUUUUGUUCGCUCACGGGAAGGCGGUUUUUUGGGCAAAAAAUAGGGAUCUUUCCAAUGUUUUUGUUCGCUAACGGAGCGGGGGAGUUAGGGAUUGAGGACAGCAGGGUAGCAAUUAAUUCAAUAAUAUUACUUUAUAUUGGGAAAAUUUGCUGCACCGGCCUCUUAGACGUUUUUUGCCAGGCUCUAAUUUUGGGGAAAAAUAUAUCAAUGGCAGACGAAUUCAAUUGAAUUACCCAGAUUUACAUAAUGUUUUCGAUAUUGACAGUAAUCGUGUUGAUUGGACAAUCGUUUUGACUUUGCAGCGACAUUCUUCUUGAAAUAGGCACUAUUUAUGAUGCUGAGCCAUCGCUAGUUAAAGAGUGCUUGAUUAAUUCCAAUGUAGUUACUUAUCAAAACUUUAGGAAAGAAGAGAUUUGUAACAUAUGCUUUGAGGAGUAUAAAGUCAAAGAUUCGAUAAGCGAAAUUGCGUCCUGUUAUUCAAAUAUGAAGCACACCCUUCUCAUGCUAAACUCCUGUCUUAAUAAUAAAAUAUAAGAGAUGUUGCACUAUUUCGAUCUUACUCUAUUAUAGCGCGAUUUAUAGCAUAUUUGCGUAUAUUAGAUACUGUAUUAUAUACAAAAUUUUAUAUGUAAAAAUUUUUAGACUAAUAAAUAAGAGAGUUGAUAUAUAAUAUACUAUUUUCGCGUUAUUAUCGCAUUUAACCCAUGAAUCCAGCCGAAUUUUAUUUUAAAAAGGAUAGGAACAAAUAGAUCAACUCAAUCACUUCAGCUAUCAUAGACUUAUACAUAAUCUAGAAUCGAUAGUGCUAAAUUAAUGCCCUUAAUAGAUAUAAUCCAUUUAUCAUAUGUUAUAUAAUAUAUCUCAGAAAUUCAAUACAAAAAUAUGAUCCAAACUUACAAGCCAUAAUAAAAAAUUUUGUAUAUAUUAGGAAUAUGAAAUAAAGUAUUUAAAUAUAUGUAGACAUGAUAUAGCUAAGAAUCGAAAAUAGUGCAGUAUCUUUAUAUUUCUUAUUAUCAAUACUGGGUAGGUUGGGGGUGGGUUUGAUGCUUGACCAUCCUGUAACCAUAAAUUCCAUCAAGAGUGCUUGAAAAAGUGGUUUAAUUUUAGAACAAAUUGCCCCUUGUGUAGAGGCAUUUAA